AUGUCAACGCAGUCAAUUUGCAACAGCGAGCCAGAGGGUGUGGAUCUGGACAACUUGUUCAAGGACUAUGUCGACACAGAUCUCGUACGCCCCCUCAACAACUCAUCAUCUGCUCAAUCCAGCCCAGACAAUUUGGCGUGUCUCCUAGGGAUCGCUUCGCCGAAUGAGAGCGACUUCGGGGCUGAAUCUAUACUCAAUCGGGAAACAAAGACUGCUUGGCACAAGGCUCUCCAGGAGUGUGACCAGAGCUUCGCCUCUCCAUGGUCCGGCCAUUCUGCGUCUCCCUCAUACAUUGCUUCUCCUUCUGCCACAGAGUCUUACAGCGACUCAGAGUCGUUAAACUAUCAAGGGUUUAUUGGAUCGGUCGGAGAACAGUUGCGGUCCAUGUCCCAGCCUUGCACACCGCGAUCCCACACAUCCCAUAGGUCACUCGAGAAGGCUGUAGCCUUUCAGAACCAAACGCAAGAUCGUAGCGCGAGGAAUUCAUCGACGAGGUUGUCGACAAGGCCUUCAACGAUGCAAACCUCUUAUUUUUGUCCUCAUACCCCGGGUCUAUGGAACAACCAGACAACUCCGAUAUACACAGUUUCGAGAAAUGCAUCUGAAGAGCCUGCUUCGAUCGCUACAGUAUCUGAGUUUGCCGAGAAUGAGAACAAAGACGGUCUUCUUGUCCAAAAAUUCAGUCAGGUGCACACUCUUGGUCAUUCGCUGUUGCCGACAAAUGACGAACAAUAUCUUUCGCAUUACCAAUCAACCACUCCAGCCUCUCUAGCAGUGGAAGAACCGAACAGAACCCACCACAAUGAAAAUAUAGAACUUAGCUUUAGCCCUGGCGAUACGUCCAGUGCAGCCAUAUCAGCCUUACUGGCCCCACCUUCAUCCCUUCCAUUAGCCAGCAAGCCAUGGAUUCCCGACACAACACCCAACCUGGACUUUGACUUCUCGCCACCUGACCUAAUCGAUACCAGCAACACAGCUAGCUGGUGGAACAGUGAAUCUACUACCACCACCUACUCCCCAACAAAUACCCUACACUUCACAACCCAAAACACGGAACUCCAGGGCCUAGGAAUAACCUGCGAACCCACCCCCUUCAACUACACCGCCCUCCCCGCCCACAUCUGCCCCUCCUCCUCCUCCUCCUCCUCCUCCUUCACCUCACUCACACACCGCACCCCCUCCCUAACCUCCCCACCUCGCAAACCCCACCCCCGCCCACGCACUCGCCCAAACUCCUCGCAACCCCGUCGCUCCAGAACCUCUUCGCCACACCCAACCUCCCGCACCACCACAAACACGGGCUUCGUCAAUUUCACACCCGAAGAUAGCAGGAAAAUUCUGACUGGCGUGGCGCCGAGCGGAAGCAGUAAAACCAAGGCAAGACGCGAGAGAGAGGCAGCGGAACGACGCAGGAAGUUGAGUCAGGCAGCGAUGAAGGCCGUGUUGGAGGCUGGCGGGGAUGUGGAGAGGAUUAGGGUGUUGGAGGGGGAGGGAUUGUUGGUUGUGUAG